AUGGCGCCGGCGGUGCAGCAGCAGCAGCAGCAGCAGAGCGGAGGGGGGUCGUCGGUGGGGACGACGACGCGGUGGUGCCCGACGCCGGAGCAGCUGAUGAUACUGGAGGAGAUGUACAGGGGAGGGCUGAGGACGCCGAACGCGGCGCAGAUACAGCAGAUCACGGCGCACCUCUCCACCUACGGCCGCAUCGAGGGCAAGAACGUCUUCUACUGGUUCCAGAACCACAAGGCCCGCGACCGCCAGAAGCUCCGCCGCCGCCUCUGCAUGAGCCACCACCUCCUCUCCUGCGCCCACUACUACGCCGCCGCCGCCGCCUCCUCCCACCACCACCACCUCCUCGCCUCCUCCCCCACCGCCGCUCCUCCUCUCUCCGUCGCCGCCGCCGCCGCUCCUCCCCCGCUGCUCACGCCGCACUCCUACCCCUCCCACCCUUCCUCCGCCCAGCUCCUCUCCCCCACCUCCCCCGCCGCCGCACCAUACACCACCAGCUACUACUACCCCUUCGCCGCCGCCGCGCCGCCGGCCAGGACGACGUCGCCGGCGAGCCCCCUCUUCCAGUACAACCAGGCCGGAGUGUUGCCGGCGGCGGCGGAGGCGAUCGGGAGGGCGGAGUCGUACUCGCUGGGGAAGCUAGUGGACAACUUCGGGGUGGCACUGGAGGAGGCGUUCCCGCCGCCGCCGGCGGCCGAAACGGCGGCCGGCGCCGGCUUCUGCAGGCCGCUCAAGACGCUGGACCUCUUCCCCGGCGGCCUCAAGGAAGAGCAGCAUGACGUCGUCUAGUAGCUAGCUACCUACCUACUUAAUUAGUUAUAUUAAUUAAUUAACAUCGCAUGCAUGAUGGAUCCAUCCAUCCAUUAUGUAUUAAUUAACCUUAAUUCUCUCUUCCUCGACAAACUUCUCUGCUCAA